AGAACGCUUCUUCUAUGCAAACUCACAGCCUAGCUCCGCCCCCACUGCGGCGUCUUGCGUGAUGACGUAGCCUUUUUCAAUCUGAUUGGCUCCGUGUCCCGUCGCCUACUGACUGACGCAUGGUACAAAGGGGCGGCUGCUGGCGGCGUGUGCAGCUCCCUCCAGCUCAGCUCCACCUACCCCGCAUCAUCAUCAUGGCAGGUCCUUAAGCCACAAUCUCAUCACAGCUCAGCCCACCUGAACCCUCUCCAACACAGGAUAAAAUACUUGUGGCCCCUCCUGCAUCUGCUCCUGCCUAGGAUUGUUCAUACAUCGCUUGUGGAUUGGCAUUUGAACAAUGGAAGUCCUUCAAAAACACAAUGAGCUGGACUGCAACCGGUGCAGUUUUCAUGGUACAGAUUCUAAGAGUGUACAGCUCCAUAUGGGAACUAUACAUCCAGAAUUUUGCGAAGAAAUAGAUACUGGUGGUUUGGGAAAACUGGUCUUUUACCAAAAAAGUGCAAGAUUGUUCCACUGUCACAGAUGUUUUUUCACAAGCAAAAUGUUUUCCAAUGUGUAUUAUCAUAUCUUGGGCCAGCAUGCAGCACCUGACAAGUGGAUGGAUAAAGCAAAACCUAUUAUAAUGCCCAAGACAGAACAAGCUUUGUCUCAGGGCUUUGAAAGAAAUGAUUCUGAAAGUAUGAUCAGUGAAGAUGAAAAAUCUGAGGAAAAAUUCAAGCUGAAAGAUGUAAAAUCUGAAGAAAAUGACACACUCACUUCUUGGCCAGAGAAUGUGCAGUGCCAGGUUACUCAGGAUAAUUCUGACAUUGAGUUUAAAAGCAGCAGCAACAGCAGCAUAGAGAAGGAAAGUGCCAUCUUUCCUGAAACUAAAGACUCAAGCUGUGAUCCGGAAUCUAGCAGCAGUAGUGAUAACCUAAGCACAAAGAAAUCUGUACAGGGAAAUGUUGGCGCUGAGUUUUCUGAUGUCGCUUCUUCCUUUUCAAAAGAUAUCCCAGAGUUUUCAGAUGAAGACGAUGAACCAGCCUUGCCUGGUGGGAUACCACAUUUUUCUGAUGAUGAAACUAUACCUCAGUCAAAAGAUGCUCAAGAGUCUUCAGAUGAGGAUGUGUUACCUGACCAUUCAAGAGGGAUUGAGGAUAUUUCUGAAGAUGAGAUGCCACUGGAAGAAAAACAUGUGGAUAAUAUAUCUGAAGAUGAAAGUGCUCCAGCUCAGUCAAAACCAGAAGAUUCGUCUGAUGAAGAGGACAUGUCAGCCCCAGUUAAAGAAAUGAUGGAGUUCUCUGAUGAUGAAGAAGAUAAUACAGCUUUGUCAAAAGAUGACAUGGAUUUCUCAGAAGAAGAGGAGGAGGAGGUGAUUGAUAAACGUAAAAAUGUGGAGACCACUAACGCCUCUAAAAUUGUCAUGGAUUUCUCAGAAGAAGAGGAGGAGGAGGUGAUUGAUAAACGUAAAAAUGUGGAGACCACUAACGCCUCUAAAAUUGUCAUGGAUUUCUCAGAAGAAGAGGAGGAGGAGGUGAUUGAUAAACGUAAAAAUGUGGAGACCACUAACGCCUCUAAAAUUGUCAUGGAUUUCUCAGAAGAAGAGGAGGAGGAGGUGAUUGAUAAACGUAAAAAUGUGGAGACCACUAACGCCUCUAAAAUUGUCAUGGAUUUUUCAGAAGAGGACGAAGCAACAAAUGUAUCAAGAAAUGUAAUGGAGUUUUCAGAAGAUGAAGAAACCACCAUUGCAACAAGGAAUAUAAUGGAGUUUUCAGAAGAGGAAGAAACCCCAGGUUUGUCAAAGGAAAUAAUGGAGUUUUCAGAAGAUGAUGAUGACGACGACGAUGCAGCCCCAGCAAUGUCAAAGAGCAUCAUGGAGUUUUCAGAAGAGGAGGACUGUUCUCCUCAAUCCAAAAACAUGCCCAAAUAUUUAGAGGGUAAUUCAACACCAACUCAGUCAAAAGACUUUGAGUAUGGUGAAGAGGCUGAUAUAUCUGUGAUGAAGGGGUCAUCACCGUUUUCAGAAGAUGAGUGUACAUCUAAGGGACUCCCAAGAGACUUUGUAGAUAAAACUAAGAGUCUCAGUAGUACAGCACACUUGUCUGGAACCUCACAAUUUUCAGAGUAUGCAGGUCCUCCAUCAUGGUCCAAAGAUGGACUCGACACUUCAGACUCUGGUGAUGUUUCGUUAAGUGCUCCAGACGCUUUGGAUACACCAGAUGAUAAAGAUGGUUUUCUAAAAGAUGAGGAAAUAUUAAAACACAUUAAACGUCUCAAAGGCAAAUAUCAGUGCAUGUUGUGUGAUUUAAAACCAUUAAAAAGAGGGCCUAUUUUGCACCAUUUAAUCACCAAACAUAACGUUCCUAGUCCUUUUAUUUGUAAAACAUGUGGGGAGACAUUUGUAGUGGAGACCCAUCUGAAAACCCAUCUCUCUUCUUCUCAUACAAAGGGUUUGUAUAAAUGUCAUAGAUGUAAUUUCCAAACGGAUCAUCCAAGAGGUUUCAAAAAACACCAAACACAUUGUGACAGAUGCCACAAAGAUGAUACAAUUAAGCCUGUUGUCAGCCUUCAGGAAGGAGACCACAAGGAGUAUGGACUUUAAGGAACUAUUGCUUAUAGAUGUCAACAUUUCAUCCUGCACUAGAAGAUGUAUGUGCCCUAAUGUGUGAUCUUUGGUUCUGCCUCACUUGGCUUAUAGAAAAGGAAUUGUAGAUGGCAUAAUGGUACAUGUUAGAAAAGUGUUUUGAAUUUUUCAACAUUUUUACCAUCCUUGUUAAAGAGAAGAAGUAGAAAAAUUUUUUAGAACUAUUGAUGUCACCUAUUAAAAAAGUAUUUUUGUCCAUUUCUUAAAUUUGUGAUUUUCUCUUUUUCCCUAGUAGAGAAAUUUGUAUCAUGUUAUGCUGUUACGCACUCACAAAUCUUAUGUAUGUAUACUGGGUUACUGGGUCUUGUUAAAAAAAAAAAAAAAAAGUAAAGAUAGGGAAAUAAUUGUUGCCUGUAACACCCAUCAUAACUUCCUCCAUGGCAAGAAGCCAGUUUAUUAUUUUCGGUAGUGUUUUUCAUAAAUAAGGCCCUGCUUUUUUGUUUUGUUUACUGUGAAUUUUUCCUGUGCAGUGUUCUAUUAGUGAUGGUCUUAUUUAUACAGUACUUUAUUCUUUCUAAUAUUAGGAUUAGAACUGGGCGGUAUGACCAAAAAUGUGUAUCACUGUAUUUUUGUAACAUAUGGCUGUUCCACGGUAUAUAACAGUAUCCCCCCCCCUCCCCCAAAUCAUGUGACCCACGAGCGCUGUUCUGCUUCUCCCCCCCCCCCCCCCCCCCCAAUUAAUUAUCAGCCCAGCGCUGCCCUCCUUGUCCUCCUGUUUGCUGUGGGCCGCCGGCGCUGGAACUCUGUACUGUACGCUGUAUACCUAUGCCCGGGCUGCAAAAGAUCAACAAAAUAAACUUUAACUCGCCUUCCCUUGUUGGUCCGGGAUCAGCCUCACCUGCUUCCUGGGGAUGGGAACGUCGGAGAGACGUCAGCUUAUCACCGGCCGCAGCAACAGCGGGCUUCUUACAUGACAGUGCGCUCAACCUAUCACCGGCCGAGGCAGAACAUCACUGUGGCCGGUGAUAGGCUGACGGCUCUCCGACGUUCCCGUCCCCAGGAAGCAGGUGAGGCCGGUACCGAAGAGGAGUUAGUUUAUUUUGUUUAUCUUUUUGCAGCCCGGGCAUAGGGAUACAGCGUACAGUAUAGUGUCAGCGCUGGCGGCCCGCAACAAACAGGAGGCCGAGUAGUGCAGUGCUUGCGGGUGACAUGUGAUUAGUUCCCCGAUGGGGACAGCGCAGCGCUGGGCUGAUAAUUAAUUGGAGGGGGGGGGGAGGGGAGAAGCAGAACAGCGCUUUCAGGUCACAUAUGAUUAGUUCCCCGAUGUGGGGACAGCGCAGCGCUGGGUUAAUAAUUCAUUCCCGAGGGGGAGGGGCCCAACCGACAUUGCAGUAUGGGAAAAAUUCAUAUUGUGCAGUACAAAAAUUUCGGUAUGAACCGGUAUACCGCCCAGCACGUAUUAGGCUAUUACUAGAAGUGGAGAAUAUUUUUUUUCUGCUUGCAAUUUAUUUUUAAUACACAUCAGCUUGUUUUAGUAUAUUGGUACACAUUUGUAUUACUAAAACAUUGUAUUAUAAAGUUGUAUAAUUCAACGUAUGCCUUGUUUGUACUUAGAUCCUUUAAUAUGUUGCUGCUUGGCACACCUGUAAACAAUGUUCAUCUUCAAUCUUCAGCUGCAUGUUUUUAUUGAAUUAAAACACAGCAGCCAGAUUUUUUCAAAUCUCUGCAUUACAGGGAAUUUGGCAACAUAGAGCAACACUUCCAAUCCCUAAACUACUGAAGUAAAAGGAUAUAGGUGAAAACGUAGAUUCUGAAUUUUACCCUAAUUGCAUUCCUCUCCAGUAAGGCUGAGUUCACACUAAGUAUUUUGGUCUGUAUUUUAGCCAAAACCAAAAUAGUAAGAAAAUCCAGAUGCUGCUGUGCCAAAGCGUGUUGUUUGCAUGCAACUUGCUUUUUUAUGUUUUACCCAGUGAAACAAUAAAGAGUUUGAAGUUUUAAAACUC